AUGAAAACCAAUCUUCUCCUCUGGGGGCCAUUGAUGGGCAUGGCUACCAGAGCAGUAUCCCAGAUCUCCAAUCCAACAUUUUGGGAGGACUUUGCGGACCUUGACAUCAUUCGCGUGGGUGAUAGGUUCUACUAUUCCGCCUCGAAUAUGCACUACUCUCCCGGUGCUCCAAUCCUUAGUUCAUACGAUCUUCUGAAUUGGGAGUUUACUAGCCACUCCAUUCCAGAGCUUACAUUCGGCCCAAAUUACUACCUCGAAGGUGGCGACAACGCCUACAUUCGCGGUACAUGGGCGUCGACAUUGAACUAUCGACCAAGUACGUCGACCUUCUACUGGAUGGGCUGCAUUGACGGUACCACGUACAUUUAUACCGCCCCCAACGCCGAAGGACCAUGGACCCAAGCCUCCACGAUCAAUAAAUGCUACUAUGAUUGUGGUCUGCUCAUCACAGACGAUGACAAAAUGUAUGUUGCCUACGGGAACAAUGGGAUCACCGUUGCCGAGCUCUCCGAAGACGGGCUCAGUGAAGUGAGCUCGCAGAUGGUCUUCCCUCCGGACGAUGCUGGAUAUCUGGAGGGAUCCCGAUUCUACCAACACGAUGGGAACUUCUACAUCUUUGUUGUACAUCCCGCCAACGAGGAGCAUGUUCUUAUGUCGACCUCUGGUGUAUUCGGCCCUUAUGAGCGUCGUCUACUGAUAUCCGAUGCUGGAAAUCCUGUCUCGGGGGCAGGAUACCCGCACCAGGGAGGCAUUGUUGACACCCCGAAUGGGGAUUGGUAUUACAUGGCCUUUGUCGAUGCCUAUCCGGGAGGACGACUUCCCGUUCUCGCUCCUUUGACCUGGGGAAGCGAUGGCUGGCCCUCGGUGGAGUUAGUUGACGGUGGAUGGAGCACAACUUAUGACACGCUGAACAUCACCCCGCCGUCUACCCCCAUCUCAUCCUUUGAACCAUAUACCGAUAAAUUCACUGGGGAUACCCUUUCACCGCAGUGGGAAUGGAACCACAACCCUGACAAUGAAAAGUGGUCCAUUAAUAACGGGGUCACGCUCACCACUGCCUCGGUAACGGACGACCUAUACGCAGCGAAGAAUACCUUAACCCACCGAAUUAUAGGCCCUGUCUCCACUGCCACCAUCCACCUUGACAUUAGCUCCAUGUCCAGCGGCGACCGUGCGGGUCUUUCCCUGCUCCGUCAUUCCUCCGCUUGGAUUGGCGUAGUCAAUGAUGGAGCUACCUCUCACAUCGCCGUUACCACGGGACUGGAGAUGGACUCGGAUUGGAACACCGUUUCCACCGGGACUGAGAGUGCCACGGCCGAAUUCUCUGGGAGUGAGAUAUGGCUUCGUGUGGAAGCAGAUAUCACGCCGUACGCGGGCAGCGGGCAGUUCUCGUACAGUCUGGAUGGUGCGACGUUCACAAACUUGGGGGACGUCUAUGAAUUGAACAAUGAAUGGGAGUUCUUCAUGGGGUAUCGCUUUGGUAUCUUCAACUUUGCAACGACGGAGGCUGGAGGAAGUGUGGUGUUGAACUCGUUUGCCUUGUCGUGA